AUGGGGCUCAAAAGUUGGAUCAGCUCAGGUUAUGCUGUUCUGUUCAUUUCGGGUCUUCUCCAAGCGCAUUGCAUUGCCAAAGGAGAGUCAAAUGAACACCUCGGCGAUUGUGAUUUAUUCCAAGGGACUUGGGAGUAUGAUGACGUAUCAUACCCUCUAUACAGCACCUCAACAUGCCCAUUCAUUGAGAAACAGUUUAAUUGCCAGGGGAACGGACGGCCCGAUAAGUUCUACUUGCAUUACAGAUGGAAGCCCAGUGCUUGUGCAUUACCCAGGUUCAAUGGCCAGGAUUUCCUGAGGAGGAUGAAGGGGAAGAAGAUACUAUUUGUGGGCGACUCGCUGAGCAUCAAUCAGUGGCAGUCACUCACCUGUAUAUUGCAUGCUUCAGUUCCCAAGUCCAAGUACACUCUCUCCACCAAAAAUGGUCUCUCCACUUUUAUCCUCCCGGAUUAUGGGAUAUCCAUUGCGCUAUCAAGAAAUAAUUUCCUUGUGGAUAUUGUCAAGGAGAAGAUGGGGAGAGUCCUUAAGCUUGACUCUAUUGCUGACGGCGUUGCAUGGAAAGGAUACGACGUUCUGAUUUUCAACACAUGGCACUGGUGGCUUCACAGAGGAAAGAUGCAACCGUGGGACUACAUUCAAAUAGGAGACAAAGUACUCAAAGAUAUGGACCGCUUAGUUGCUUUCCAAAAUGGACUAACCACAUGGUCGAAAUGGGUACAAUCCAACAUCGAUCCGACCACUACUAAAGUGUUCUUUCAGGGAAUUUCUCCCACACAUUACAAGGGUGAGGAAUGGAAAGAACCAAAAUCCACGUGUAGCGGACAAACGGAACCCAUUAAAGGGUCCGUGUAUCCUUCAGGUCUGCCGCCGGCAGUGACUGUGGUGAAGGAAGUUUUAGCCAACAUGUCCACGACCGCCGUGGCUGUCACUUUGCUCGACAUAACAACGCUUUCGCAGCUGAGGAAAGAUGGGCACCCUUCCAAAUACGACGGAAUUCAUGGCAAAGGCAAGAUCGAUUGCAGUCAUUGGUGUCUCGCCGGCGUUCCUGACACUUGGAACGAGAUACUAAAUGCUAUUCUCAUUGCCAAUUCCGUAUAA